AUGGGCUGUAUCCAAAGCAUUACCUGCAAGGCGCGGAUCCGUCGCGAGAACAUUGUGGUGUACGAUGUGUGCGCCACCAUCGACCAGUGCCCCACGCGCAUCGAGGAGACCUCGCCCAUCGUCCUGCGCUACAAGACCCCCUACUUCAAAGCUUCGGCCCGCGUGGUCAUGCCCCCCAUCCCCCGCCACGAGACCUGGGUGGUGGGCUGGAUCCAGGCGUGCAACCAGAUGGAGUUCUUCAACACCUACAGCGACCUGGGCAUGUCAAGCUGGGAACUGCCUGACUUGAGGGAAGGGAGAGUAAAAGCCAUCAGUGACUCAGAUGGGGUGAGCUACCCUUGGUACGGGAACACCACAGAAACUGUGACCCUGGUUGGCCCCACCAACAAGAUCUCCAGGUUCUCCGUCAGCAUGAAUGACAAUUUCUACCCCAGUGUGACAUGGGCAGUGCCAGUGAGUGACAGCAAUGUGCCACUGCUCACAAGGAUCAAGAGGGACCAAAGUUUCACUACCUGGCUGGUGGCCAUGAACACCACCACGAAAGAGAAGAUCAUUCUGCAGACGAUCAAGUGGAGGAUGAGGGUGGACAUUGAGGUGGACCCUCUUCAGCUCUUGGGGCAACGGGCCCGGCUGGUGGGCAGGACUCAGCAGGAGCAGCCCCGGAUCCUGAGCCGGAUGGAACCUAUCCCCCCCAACGCACUAGUGAAACCCAAUGCCAACGAUGCCCAGGUCCUCAUGUGGAGGCCCAAGCGGGGGCCACCUCUGGUUGUGAUCCCUCCUAAGUAGAAGCAGACUGGCCUGACUGUGUGUGGAGCACACGCCACUGAGACACACAGUGAGGUUGCCAGGGGUGGCAGGAGCCAAACUGAGUUUCUGAGCCAAAGCAGACCUCGUGGUUUGCCAGCCUUUGCAGCCACUUGUGAAGAGUAGAGCUGCUCCUUGGGUGGUACAACCAUAAUCCUUAGGAAAAAUCCCUUCCUUUUAGGAAUAAA